AAAUCAUAAAAACACACCAAUCCAUACAUACAUCCCCCUUUAGUUUCACACACACAGAGAGAGUUUGAGUUGGGUCGGGUUACAUGUUCUCUUUCUCUCAGCACUCAAUUAAUCAAUCAAAUCUCACGUCUUUUUCAUCAAAUUCGCCACCUUCUUUUAGGGCUUUUUAUUCAAAUAAAUUUAAAUCCCUAAAAUCUCUUUAAUUAUUUAGUAUACUAUUAUAAUACCUGAAUUCCAGAUCCCCUAAUCCCAAAUCAAAACUCCAAUUUUUCGAUUUCUGUCUAGGGUGUGGUUUUUGUGUAAUUAGGUGCUCAAUUAUUAUAAUAAUUAAAAGAUAAUAAUGGAGAAAUAUGAACUGGUGAAAGAUAUAGGAUCUGGUAAUUUUGGUGUUGCUAGAUUGAUGAGAAACAAAGUGACUAAAGAACUUGUUGCUAUGAAAUAUAUUGAAAGAGGCCAUAAGAUUGAUGAGAAUGUUGCUAGGGAGAUCAUAAAUCACAGAUCACUUCGGCAUCCGAAUAUUAUUAGAUUUCGAGAGGUGGUGCUUACUCCUACCCAUCUUGCUAUUGUGAUGGAGUAUGCUGCAGGUGGGGAGCUUUUCGAGAGGAUUUGUAAUGCCGGAAGGUUUAGUGAAGACGAGGCUAGAUACUUCUUUCAGCAGCUUAUAUCAGGAGUUCACUACUGCCAUUUCAUGAAAAUUUGCCAUCGAGAUUUGAAGCUCGAGAACACUCUUUUAGAUGGCAGCCCUGCACCACGGCUGAAAAUUUGUGAUUUUGGGUACUCAAAGUCAUCUUUGUUACACUCGAGACCUAAAUCCACUGUUGGCACUCCUGCAUAUAUUGCUCCUGAGGUUCUCUCUCGUAGAGAAUAUGAUGGCAAGACGGCGGAUGUUUGGUCUUGCGGAGUUACACUCUAUGUGAUGCUGGUGGGAGCAUACCCUUUUGAAGACCAAGAAGAUCCCAAGAAUUUUAGGAAGACUAUUCAACGAAUAAUGGCUGUCCAAUACAAAAUCCCGGACUAUGUUCAUAUAUCUCAGGAUUGUAAACAUCUUCUUUCUCGGAUAUUUGUUCCCAAUGCAACCAGGAGAAUCACCUUAAAGGAAAUUAAGAGCCAUCCAUGGUUUCUGAAGAACUUGCCUCGGGAACUAACCGAAGCAGCACAAGCUGCAUAUUACAGGAAGGAAAACCCUACAUUUUCCCCACAAAGUGUAGAGGAAAUCAUGAAGAUUGUGGAGGAAGCAAGGACACCUCCACCUGUUCAGCGUUCAGUCAGUGGAUAUGGUUGGGGAGAUGACGAUGAGGACGAAGAGGAUGAUAAAGACGAGGGAGAAGCGGGAGAGGAAGGGGAAGAGGAUGAGUAUGAUAAGAGAGUGAAAGAAGCUCAUGAAAGUGGAGAAAUUGGUCCUGUCUGAAACCCUCUUAUUUAGCCUUUGGAAAAUUGUGUAAAAAUGGAGGAUAAAUUUGUAAAUUUGUGUGGUAUUAUGUCAAAUAGGUGUGCUUGGUGUGUGAGAACAUUAGGUUUGUGAUACAAUUAUGGUUCCAUUUUCAUGUUCAGAAAUUGGGUUCUUUUUGGUAAAAAUGAUAAUUAAAUUUGGUUUC